CAGUUCUUCCUCUCCCAAAUCCAAAAUGGCGGAAAACGGCGCAGGGUCAGCGGAUGUGACAGGAGAUGACAUUUCUAUGAGCUAUACGGAAUCUCCAGAUCUGAGAAGCGUCCUGGUGACGAGCGUUUUGAAUUUGGAGAAGCUUGACACCGACCUUUACAGAGGGAAGCAUCACUGGGUUCCUCGGACACAGCGCCUGUUUGGUGGUCAGAUUGUGGGUCAGGCUCUGGUGGCUGCUGCCAAAUCCGUCAGUGAUGUGAUGUAUGCUCAUUCACUGCACUGUUACUUUGUACGAGCAGGAGACCCCAAGGUUCCGGUGCUUUACCAGGUGGAACGCACUCGAGAUGGUCGCAGUUUCUGUGUGCGAUCGGUAAAAGCCGUCCAGCACGGUCAGCCCAUACUGAUAUGUCAGGCAUCCUUUCACAAGCUGCAGCCCAGUCCGCUAGAGCACCAGUUCAUCAUGCCCAGCGUCCCCUCACCCGAUGCCCUGCUCUCCAUGGAGGAACUCAUCCAGCAGUACCUCAGCAACCCGAAUUUGGCUGAUAACGCUAAACAGGGGCUGAAUAAGAUCCUUGCGGAUGAGGUUCCCAUUGAGGUGAAGCCGGUAAAUCCUCCUGAUUUUUAUAGACGUCUCCCCAUGGAGCCAAAAAAACUGUUCUGGGUACGCUCAAAAGGACAUAUAGGAAAAGCAGACAUGAAGCUUCACUGCUGCGUCGCUGCGUACGUGUCCGAUUACUCAUUCCUCGGCACCACGAUGCUGCCGUUUCCCCAGUACAGGUCCCAGUUUGUAGCCUCUCUGGAUCACACCAUGUGGUUCCACAACAAAUUCCGAGCAGAUCAGUGGAUGCUGUAUGAGUGUGAAAGUCCAUGGGCAGGAGGCAGCAGAGGCUUGGUGCAAGGCCGCUUGUGGAGACAAGAUGGUGUUCUGGCAGCUUCCUGUGCACAAGAGGGAGUGUUACGAGUAAAAGAUAUGACUCGGAGUAAUCUUUAGAUACAUUCCCAUUCAGCACCGGUAAUUCCUACAGCUCUUUAAGUGCAUCCGUCUAAGCCGAUCACAUGCUUGCAGCAAUUAACAGUAAUUAACAUAGAUUUACACAAUCACAAUGAGCUCCGAGGAUGGCCCGUGAUGGACCGUUCACAGAGCAGUCAGUGAGAACCGGGAGUGGUGAUUUCUGUCACACUGGCAUUGUUUCAGCAGCAGACCUCUUAAUAUAGGACAAAAGCACCUGAAUAGAGUGUGUGUAAUGGUCAAGCUCAUGGAAAUAAAUCGCACAGACCCCGUCAGAGAUGAUCUGGGAUAGAUUAGUUUACGCUUUAAUAACAGAAUUUUUAGGUCAUUCAUUUUAGGACAUUAAUUAGGCUUACAUUGCAGUACUGUUGAAUACUUGGUUCUGAUUGGUCAGACUGUAUCGAUUCAUUUUCCAGUUCUGGCUCCAAAUCACGAAUUUAUAUUAAUGCACUUCUUCUGAUUUGUUAUCGAUUUUUAUUUUGGUGAUAUAGCUAUAGUGAUUUUUGUAAUGUGUGUGGGGACAUUGAUAAUUUCUUGAAGAAGUUUCCAGUGUCAGAGCUUUAUAAUGGUCAACAGAUAAGCUGUAACUUUUUUCCCAACAAGUCUUCCAGCACUUUUGAUCAGUGAGGUUAAGAUUUCUCGGUAUCAUGAUCUUUUUGUCUUGUAGAGAGGAAUAAGUGUGAGACUGGUAAGGAAAUAACUGUUUAUUGCACAACAGGAGCUUGUUUUGCGAACGCAAUGUGACCUUAAUUUUAAAAAAUGUUCAUUUUUGUGUACAUUGUUAAUUUUUCCAGUAACAUCUCACCCUGAUGUGCUUCAUUCCUCAUUCAUGUAACUUAUCCAGGGUUGAUUGCCGAGCUGCUAAUAGGUCCAACAUCAUUUAAAACACAGAUUGAUGCACGAUAAGAUUCAUCUUAUUCCUUUCUACGAAUGUAUGUGAAUUUAACUCUUAAUGAGUACAAUUCACAUGUACAAAGGUAACAGAUGAGACUAUUGGUAAUUUUUUACGAGUGUCUGGAAAAUGUGUUUGCAAUUUAUAUACGAAUAAAAUAAUAUUUAAUUUCUAGAACAA